AUCCCAAAGAAAAGAAAUAAAAUCUAACGAACGAACAUCCAUUAUCCAAGAAAGACCAAGACCCAACUUUUCCUUUUUCUCUUCCGAGAAAAUCAGGAACUGAAGAAUUCAAGAGGGAUCAUGGACUACAUUUGGAGAUAAAAGCACUCGAUGACGAUGGUGAGUUCAUGGAGCCCAACCAGAUUCUGUCAUUGCGGACCACUACAACUGAUCCCGAACAUGUGAAGGUCAUUCAGUGGGAGGACUUCCAGCACGAUCUCGCGACGUUGGCGAGUCUCUCUUCAGCACUGGGCGAAUCCAAGGAGAAGAAGUGCAACCUUCACCACAAGCUCGAGUCUCUCAUCCAGGCCAAUGUUGAAUCAUUAGGUCGGUUGAAUGAACUUGAGGAGAUGCGUCAGAAAUUAGAAUCAAAGAAAGUGAUGAUGGAAAAUAUGUCUAUACGUUCUAGGCUUGCUAAGGAGGAUGCUAGCAAGCAGGAGGAGCAGCUUAGUGGUGCAGUGCAAGCACUUCUGGUUGCAGGGGGUGCGCUUUCUGUAUGCAGGAGAAACCUCCAAGAAUCAACCAAAAUACUGUCUGAUGAAAAUGGUUAUGUUCAUAUGAGAAAAUUGCAAAAAAUGCUGCGGAGGAGGCAACAGCAUAUGACAUCUCAAAUUUCACUGCUCUAUCCUGUGAAGAUCUUGGUUGGACCAGCACAAAAGCAAGAGCUCGAGGCAUAUCCUUCGAGUAACCUAGCAGGGACUUCUGCUGGACUUAAACCAGUUAAUGAAGCAUCCUUAACGAUUCGUGGCCUGCAUUUGAAUGUGCCAUCAUUUAGGAAAAUGAGCUUUUUCGCUGAUAAAAAGGAAAUUCAGGUGUCUGCUACUGCCCUAGGAUAUGUUGCACAUGCUGUUUCACUUAUAGCCUCUUACUUGCAAGUUCCUUUGCGAUAUCCUUUACGGUUGUGUGCUUCUCAUUCAUAUAUCAUUGAUAAUGCACCUUCAACAGAGCUAACAUCUGAAUCUUCACCAAAUGCAAACACAAAUGCCAAGCAUGUGGAAUUCCCCCUCUUUUUAGAAGGUCAAGACACAACAAGAGCAGCUUAUGCUGUAUUCUUACUAAAUAAGUCUGUAGCAUCCGUGUUUUGCAUGGUUAGCAAUGGAGUUCCAUCUGUUUCACUGCAAUAGCUUUCUAGCCAGGAUUGCGUUGCUUUUUUGGGACUUUUCUUCAACUUGUACAUGCUGGUUGAUUAAGAAAUUAUUUGGACUAUGAGAGUUAAGCCUACUGUAUGCUAAACACAUGUUUUGUUCUUCCAAAGUGAGCUUCUUAUUUUAUAGAGAAAUAUUGCAAUCUCAGUAAUAGAUAAGAAUAUCUACUAUCAAUGUUACGUACACUUUCAUUACCAAUCAUGAAUGUGUUGGAACAUUAGCCCAUUGUUUUUUUCAGUGACUGAAAUUACUUUAUUCAUAUUCACUUUAGAAGAGUCAUCAAAAUGCUAUGCUCAUUUCACGGCAUGAAAGAUUAAGAGUUUUGUUUUUGAGUUAUUCUUUUACUCAAGACACUUUAGUUCUAACAUUUAUUUCUGAAGUAACAAGUUUUUCCUCUAACUUCCCCGAACCAAAACCAAACAGAUGCUUUACAUGCCCUGAAAAAUAGCAUAAAAUGUACCUUAGGACAUUCUACAUUUAGUUUUUAACUGCAGGACCCUGCGUGUUGGCAGGUAGGUUUGCAUCUGUAUUAUAUCUUAAAUAUGUUGAAUAUAUAUAGUCUCGCUUACUUAGUUACUGCCUUUUUUUCUCUUGUUAAAUUUCUCUUGAAGUGUGGUUGUCUGACCGAGACUCAAUGUAGUACAGACAUAUACUUCAAAAUUAACCUUGA